AUGAACUUAGAAGACGAUGUACUUCUCAGUGCCAGAGUAUUAUUGCAAAACUCUCAGCCUACUGCUGCUUUGGAACUCCUUGGCCCGAAAUUGAGGGAGAACGAACACAACGUAGAUUUUCUUCAAACGUUCGGUGAAGUCUUAUUGGAGAAUAAUGAGAUGGAAGAAGCAUAUAAUAUAUUAAUGAAAGCAUGUGAGAUGGAUAUGGAGGCUGAAAGAGGCUCUGAAAAGUUUUUUAAUUUAGGUCAGAUUAUAGGUGGUGAAGAUGGUCUAAAACUUUUAGACGUUGGCUUGAACAGAUUACAACAGCAGUUAAAAUUGGCUCAACGAGACAUGAUACAGCAAGACUCACUAUUGGUAGACAUGCCGAAGAAUUAUGCUGCUAAAGAGCUGCUUCUCAAACAUUUAAUAAAAAAAAUUAAUCAAGGAAUUUUUGCGAAGAUUGAAAUCUGGAUGACCGACUUAUGUAUGGAACUCGAAGCUGAGUCACAGUGUGACAGUCUUAUAGAAAAUUCUAUAUCUCUCGAUUCGAGAAACCCUGAAGCUUUUUCAUUAUUAGCAUCGAUAAGGAUAUCUCAACAAAGAACUUUUGAAGCAAAGGAGGCUUUGGAGAAGUCUUGGGAUUUAUUCCAGCAUAAAAAAACUGCUUUGGAAGAAACUGUAAGUAAGCAUCAAGAAGAUGAGAUGAAUGAAGAAUUAUUAGAGUCAAGCAUGGAAUAUGGCGAGCUUAUACAGGCUCUUUUAAAUUUAUCCAGACUUGCAAUUGAGCUAGAACUUUACGAAUUGGUAUCAUCUGUCACCUCUCGUAUCCAGGAUAUGAAUGAAAAUAUUUUGGAGUGUUAUUACUAUGGAGCGUUGGCUAGUUUGCUUCAAGCAAAAAAAUUAUUUACAAUCCUGAUUCCUAAAAUCGCAGACUACAGGGAAGUUUCAAAUGCAUCCCUCAAAAGUUCUUCUGAUCAAGAAAUCCAAGCUUUAAUCCAUGAGGCUAAGGUUUCUCUUACAAUUGGUUAUAAGAUAAUUAAUAGUGAAUCCAUUGACGCUGAUACUGAUUUAAUAGAGCAAAUGUCAGACUUGUUAGACGAAUUCGGGGGCCCUGUGAUGAGUGAGUUGAUGCCGCAAAAAAUUAAUGAAACAGAGGAAGCAGCUUUAGAAAAUGAGCUUAAUUUAUUAGAAGAUGUUUAA